GGGGCUAAGAUGUCUACUAUGCAAACGGCAGGAGAGAGAAUUAGACAGAAAAUGAGCAAGAGACACACAGAAUAAGAAAGAAAUAUUGGAAGACGUAUAGAGAAGGAAAGGCAUACAAGGGGCAUGGAGAAGAUUCCUUGGCCAGAAAUGGCCCAGGGAAUAGAUAGGAGAUUGUCUAUGGCUGGGCAGGGAGAGACAGCAGAGCCUCCCAUGGUGAGACAGACAUUCCCCAGACCCAACCUCGCGCUCACUGAGCAGGCAGGGUCAGAAUAACCAAGUGGUCAUGUCUCUCCAACCCUCGACCGAAGCCCCAGGCUGGAGCAUGUGGUCCGCUCUCUGUAUCUUCUUCAUCCUGGUGCCAGAGGCCAAAGCGGACAUCGUGAAUUCCACCACCCAGCGCAUUGGCGGGGGCACUCAGUGUGGGGAUUACACCAACCAGCUGAUGGAGGAUGGGAUGUGCCGGCUGGUGGCCACGCUGCCUCAGCUGGACGAGCAGAGGUGCCCAGAUAUGUUUCGCUGCACCGAUGAGGUUUCCUACUGGCUUCAUGAGAACGAGGAGAGGAAGCAGCAGAUUGUGACGCUGAAGGAGACCAUCUCUGAGCUGCAGGAGGAGCUUAGGAACCACCGGCACCGCAUCAAGGCGCUAGAGCUGCAGAGGGAAGAGAGGAACAAUUUGAACAUGUCCUUGGAACAGCGUUUUCACGAGUUGGAAGUGCACUAUGCUGAAACCACCACCCUUCUGCACUUACAGGGUUCUCUGAUCCUGGACCUACAGAACCAGAUCCGUAACCUGACAGCUAUGGUGGAGAAAGUGAAGAGGAAUCCUGGCUGCAUGAUCAACAUAGUACAUCCCAGUCCUCUGAUGAGUGCCCAGGAGGCCCUGCACCCAGAGAUCCAGCACAUGAGUAACUGUCCCAUAGACUGUGCUUCUAUAUACUACAACGGAGUGAGGAGGUCUGGUCUCUACACAGUAGUGCCAUCAAUAACAGGCAUGCCUGUGGAGGUCUACUGUGACAUGGACACUGAUGGUGGUGGAUGGACGGUGAUCCAGCGGCGAGUUGACGGCUCUGUGAGUUUCGACCGCACCUGGAGGGACUACAGGGAUGGGUUUGGUGAUCUGCUCUUAGAGUUCUGGCUGGGCAACGACCAUAUCCAUGACCUGAGCAGCCAGGGAGACUACAGCCUCCGUAUCGACCUGGAGGACUGGAGCAACAAGCACAAGCACGCCCUCUACCAGAGAUUCAGUGUGGAGGAUGAGGAACACCAGUACCGUCUCCACGUGUCAGGCUUCAGUGGAACAGCGCAGGACUCUUUCAGCUGGUACCACGACAAGCAGGGCUUCAGUACGCCCGACAGCGGCAACAUCUGUGCCGAGAUCUCCCACGGCGGCUGGUGGUACAACCAGUGCUUCUAUGCCAACCUUAAUGGAGUCUACUACAGGGGAGGCCGCUACACCCCCAAAGGGCCGGGCCCCCUGGGUCCUGAUGGGAUCGUUUGGUACUCCUGGAGAGACUCCGACUAUUACUCCCUGCGCAAAGUCAGCAUGAUGAUCCGCCCACGCACUUUCCGACCCCGUUUGUCACCCUGAAGCAUUAUCACCAUGGCGACAGAACAGAGGAAGGGCAUCACGGGAAUAGGGGUGACAUGGUUACCUCACAGUGAUGAUAACUGUGGUGACACAGGACAAGUGGAUGAGAAGCGUCAUUUCUAAUGGAUGAUCUCGUCAAGAAGGGAGUGGAUGGCAAGUAUGUCACCAGUUUUCAUAGUGAAUGUAACUGGAAAUGGUGUGUCCUCUAAGCUCCUAAUAGUCCCUGCAUCAAGGAUUCAUUUCUGUUGGUAACAAAACACCAGGAAGGUUUGGGACAUGUGGACAUUUUUCAUUUCAUUCAGUCGAGGGAAGUGAGCCCUCCCUGAUUUUGUACUUACAUUUUCUACAUUUAGUUUCUCAACAAGUAUAAAAGUGAACGGACUGAGCUUGAGGUUUGUCUAACCACUGAGAGGAGACCUGUGCAGCUGGCAGAUCGUGCGAGACUGCUUACCAAAUCCAUAUACCUGAGAUGUGUGCUUAUUCAGUGUUCUAUUUAUGAUUAUUGAAUUAUCCCAAUUUUAUGUCACUAUUAAUUUUAGCCAAUUAUGAAUCUAUGGUGUACCUUUAAAUUAAACUAUAAAGGGUGUUGAUAUUCAUCUAUUUAAUUAAGUCCAUGCAUAAUUUGUAAACAGAGUGACUGGACUGUACUAGAUUUUAUUCCCUUUGUUUGAUUGGAUCUUCUUAAAGUGCUAUUGUCUCACAGUAGGCUCAGGCAAAGAAGAUAUGCCGUUGGAGGAUUGUGUAAACUUGCACAUGCACAGCACAAUAAAGUGGAAAACAGUACAAAAGA